AUGAAAAACAAUCAAGUUAUACCUAGAAGAUUACAAUGCAGCGAUCUUGCAUGCAAAAAUCACAGGUUUUACUUCUGCAGAGACCAUCAAGUUUAUUCUUGCAAAGGAUGCUCUAGCAAAAUGCAUUACAAAUGCCAACUUGUUAUAAUCCAAGACCUCACAGAUCUCAGAACUGAUGUCAAAGAGGUUCAGAGACAUGUCACGAGGUUUCAGGAACUCGCAACGGAGAAUGGGUUGGAAGUGUAUCUUUCUAACAUUGAUAGUGUCAUCAAAGACUAUCAGGGAGACUUGGCUGAGAUUGAAAGAAAGAUAAAUGAAGCCAUUGCUCAUGAUCACUAUGAGAAAUAUGACACUCUCAGAUCUCAAAUAAGGGAGUACGCCUCUAACUAUCUUCAAAUUUACACUCUUCUACUGAGAGAAGUUUUAUCAGCUCACAUUUGAUAUAGGAUACAGAAUCAAAUGGCUGAUGAACAAGUCGUCAAAGAUAUCUUGUUCUUGUCCACCACUAGAGAUGCGAGUAGAUAUGUCUUUCCGAGGGUCAGCGAUGAGUUUUCUUCUGCCAUCAAGGUUGAGCAAAUAAUUGAUUCUGUCAUCAAGCAAAAUGUAAAAUUUAUGGAGGAAAAGUUGACAAAAGAAGCCAGUGAAGUUGAGCAGCAAUGCAAAGACAGGCUCUCAGAAGAAUUCAAAGAGCAAGAACAGAAACAAGCGACAGAGCAGGUGCUCAGACAAGCCCAAGAUAUGCUGGAACAAAAACAAGAAAACCUGAAGGAGCAACUUGAAAGAGAGCUAUCAAAGAAAGUAGAGGAGAUCAAGCAAGCCAAAUAUCAAAACAAGAAAUAUCAGGAGGAAAUCUCCAAAAUGAGUGAAGGAAUCCAAGAAAAUGAAAGUCAUAUAGAAGAGUCCAAAGAAACGAUCAUAGAUCGUAUCAAAAGUAUCUGCCCUGACUUCAACCCUAAGUCCAAAAAUUUAGAACUUCACAUGUCAGAAGACAAAUCCAAGAACUUAGUCAAAUCAAUUGGAGCAUCCAAAUACUCUUUGGGAGAUAUGAACAGACUCCAGAUUGAUAAGAUCUCCAAUGAAGACCAUACUCUCAACAACUUCCUCAAGAACUGCAGCCACUCCUCCUUCAGACUGCUUUCAUUUAACGACAGAUAUCUUGGAUCAUACGGAAGUGAACCUGUGAAGAUAAAAUUUUACGAGGAAGGAAUGCAAAACCUGCUUGCCAAUGUGACCAAAGAGGUUUAUUUGAAAUACUUGAUAGUUGAUGCAAGUGACCUGAGCCAGAUUGUGAAGGCUUGUGUGAACUCUGAAAGGUUGACUAUUGGUUAUAGCAAAAUUUUAACUUCGGACUCUUUGGACUUCUCCACUCCCGCUCAGACCAAACUCCAGUAUCUCAGUUUUUGCUAUUGUGGAGCUACGAACUGGGGCAGCCAAAAAUGGGACAAGUAUCCAGCCAGGUUUGAGAAGAUUAUAGUAGCCAUUAAGAAUUCCUCUCUCAAGAACUCCCUCGACACCAUUAGUAUCUAUGCUUGUAGUAUCUCAGUAUCUAAAGUAAAUGAACUGUUGGCUGCACAUGGUCUCUCCCAUAUCAGUGUGGAUGAGUGAGGAAACAUACCUCUGACGGAAUAACU